CGCGGCGCGGAGAGGUUGUUUUUUGUGUAGGCAUCGUGUACACUACUGUACUGCAGCACUGCACACACCAACACACACCGUACUUUUGUUAUUGUCUCCCCUACCACCGCUUCGGGAAGAACACUGACACCUUUCAGUGCAUGGAGGAGGAAGGGAAAAUCAGCGCCUUUUUCAGAAUCAUCAUCGUGAUUAGACUACUAAAAUUCAGCCAUGGUUCGACGUUCAACUCGUUCCCGGAAGCCUACCAGUCACUUUGGCUACAAUGCUUCUUUCCAGCCAUACUCUCGCAGUAAUAGAAAGAAAACAGUGCGACUAGAAGGGCGACGUCAUGUUCCUGAAGACCCUAUUGUCUACCCGGAGUUAGAAAAGAAAGACACCCAAUUGAAAGUUCAAUCUUUGGACCUUUGUCUCGAGCUUAAUAAAAUAAAGCACCAAACGAAGAACUUCAAGGAAGAAGAUCUUGUUCUUCGUCGAGGUCAACCAUUUCUUUUGAACAUUGAGUUCAAUCGAGACUAUAAACCUGGCGAUGAUGAAAUAUCUUUGGAACUACGAAUGGGUACCCGUGCAGUUGUCUCCAAGGGUACACGUUGUGUAGCUCCUUUGGUCAAGUCAGCUCCUGAUCACAAUGACUGGGGGAUUCAAGUACUGAAAUCUAAAGGACCCAAUGUUGAAUUGAAAGUAUUCACCAGUUCUGAAGCACUGAUUGGUUAUUACAAUCUGUUCAUCUGUACGACUGCCAGUGGAGAUGAAGAUGAAUUUGAAUAUCCAGAAGAGGUCAUUAUGCUGUUCAAUGCUUGGUGCAAAGAUGAUGAUGUUUACAUGGAAGAUGAAGACAAACGACAGGAGUAUGUGUUGAAUGAAACAGGCAUGUACUUCUAUGGCUCUGAAAAUCAAAUAGGUAGUUCACCCUGGAACUAUGGACAGUUUGAGAAAGUGUCCUUGGACUGUGCGCUGUAUUUGUUACAGAAGUCUGGCUUGCUUGAUAGCAAUCGUAAGAGUGCCGUCCAUGUGGCCAGGUCCAUGUCUGCUCUGGUAAACUCCCAAGAUGAUGAUGGUGUACUGGAAGGUAGAUGGGAUGGUGAAUACGCUGAUGGUAUAGCUCCAACUGUAUGGACAGGAAGUAUUGCUAUUUUGUCCCAAUACAUGAAGAAACGUGAACCUGUGGCUUAUGGUCAGUGCUGGGUAUUUGGAAGCCUACUUACAGGACUAUUGAGGAGUCUUGGAUUACCAACACGAACUAUAACUAACUUUGGUUCAGCACAUGAUACUGAUGGAAACCUCACCCUUGAUUAUCACUAUGAUGAAAAACUCAAUCCACUAGAUGACUAUGACGAGGACAGCAUAUGGAACUUUCAUGUGUGGAAUGAUUGUUGGAUGGCGCGACCAGACCUGGACGAGGGCUAUGGAGGCUGGCAAGCUGUAGAUGCUACUCCACAAGAAACAAGUCAUGGUGUGUACUGUUUGGGUCCUGCCUCCUUGACUGCCAUAAAACAAGGACAUGUUCAGCUCAAUUAUGACACAAAGUUUGCCUUUGCUGAGGUGAAUGCUGAGAAGGUUUACUGGAAAGUAUUUAAGAGUAGAAAGCCCCCAGCAGUGAUCGAUGUUGAAUCAUCUCAGGUUGGAUUCCAUAUUAGCACCAAGGCGGUGGGCAAGUAUGAGCGAGAAGAUAUCACUGAUCAAUAUAAAUACAAGGAAGGAACACAACUGGAACGCAUUGCUGUUCAUGAGGCUAGUACCCAUGUUCGGAAAGCUAAGAAGAUUCUCAAGAAUAUUGUUAAAGAUGUGCAGUUUAGUGUAGACAUGCCUGAGAAUCCACUGCUUGGAAAAGAUAUCAAGUUCUUUGUUUCCGUCAAAAAUACGUCAGACAAGGUUCGUGAUGUGUAUCUGGCUAUGAAUGGUAACAGUGUAUACUACACCGGAGUGAAGAAGGGAAAGAUAGUCUCACACUCUACUGACCUCGAACUCAAGCCUAAACAAUCUAAGAAAGUUCCUGUGACUGUACUCGCUAAAGACUACCUACCUGCCCUGACAGAUUAUGCUGGUAUAUCAUUCUUCAUCAUGGGUUCAGUCAAACAGACUCAACAGCCUUUCAGCAAACAACUUGACACAGUGUUGGAAAAACCGGAUCUUGUCCUUGAGAUCAACCAGUCCAUAAAACAAGGCAAACCAUUUAGUGUGUUGGUUUCGUUGACAAACCCGCUGCCAUACCCAUUGACUGAUUGUAAGUUCUUGAUAGAAGGACACAGUAUUGCAGGAGUAAAGCAGCUCAAAGCUCCAACUGUGGCAAAGAAUGGUGAAAUGCACCAUGAAGUGCACUUAACAGCAAAGAACUUUGGAUCAAGUGAGUUGAUCAUUAGUUUCAUAUCUGCAGAACUAACUGGUGUCAAGGGACAUGCUACACUUCAUGUGAGUAAGUAAGGCUAAAUCAUUUGCAUAUAUGCAGAACACACUGUGUGCCUACAAGUUUUAUGAAUUGUAAACUGUAAUAAAGAAUGUCUUUUUAAACUUUCUUAACUAUGAAGUCACAACACAUGUCAAACUGCACGGAUGUCCUGUGCUGACCAGUAGUUACAAUACAUUGGUGUGUAAUGUUUACUUUAUAAACACUUAUUUCUUUAGGAAGUUUUUAUACAACUUAGUGUGAGCUUUCCUUUUUAAGACUGUUUUUAACCAUAAUCAAGGCAGAGAUUAUUGCAUACAUUAAAGAUUAUUAUAAUUGAAGCCUGUAUUUGGGCCCAGCAAUCACAUUUUUAAUGUCAGUGUUUAUUCAUUUUAACAAACUGGAAUAUUUUAAAUUGAACAUUCUACACUUUGAUUACAUGUUUACUCAAAGGCAGGUACACCUUUGGGCUUACUACAAAAAAUAAUGACCAUAACAAUUUACUUGGAAAAAGCGCUACAGCUGUUGAUCAAACAUUUUAAGAAACGGUUUUGAAAAAGGAUUCAAACAAAUUUCACUCUGAGAAAUCGUUUAUGAAUGAAACAUUUCACAGAUUGUGAAAUUACGGACUAUAAUACCCGAGUGGACAUAACCACAUCCAGCCUUUCAUAGAAUAUCAAAAAAAUUCUACCAUCUUUACACAGGUUAAAUUUAUUAAAAAUAUCCACAUUUAUAAAGAACGAAACGAAUCAAACGGAUCAAAAACAGAAGGAAUUUUCUGCAGUUACGAACGUCUGGUUCCUUCUUGGGAAAAAGACAAAAACAUCUUGAAGGGUAGAGUGUGAAACAGUGUUUUAAGUAAUCUGAUUUUGUGGUCAAAGGAAAACUUGCUACAAAAUCUGCAUAAUUUAUUUGAUUAGUUUUUUGACUCCUGAAAUGUUGUUUUUCAAUAUCUAAUCACUUGGUGCACAAAUUUUACAGGGUAUAGAAGUAGUAGGAUUUAUGCUUCUUUUUUAAAUUAAAUAUACAUCAAGUUGCUGCAUAAAAGGACCUUGAAGGAUGCUUGUAAAAAUUACUUCAAAAACAACGACAAUAACAACAAGUUUUGAUAACAUCUUUUUCAAAAUAUAAAAUACUGGACAACUAGUUGAUACUUUAAUAUUGAACUAUUGAACUUUGGUAAGAAUGUAACAUUUUUAUAUUGUGAUGUAGUAUAGGUUUAAGGGUUUUAUUUUGAUUUUAUCAAACUUUACUUUGCUCAACUUGGAAAGCUCUGGGUAUUUAGGUGUAUGUUCACCAAAAUAAUGUAAUAGUUUUGUGAUUUUCAUAUUCUUUGUAACUAAUUGUUUGAAAUAUUUUCUUUAUCAUGUAGUGUGGGGAUUAAAGAUGUCAUUAAAAAUGUCAA